GGGUCCCUUGUUCGGUCCGGCGGAUGAGUGUUUCGAGCGUUCAUCUGGCCAAGGUAAUCCAAGUCGGGCCGGAGGUCUUCUGACAACGGUGUUGUCAGCGGGGAGGUCGUUCGUUGUCGACGCCGACGACUCUUCUCGGUUCUCUUGAUGGUUGCUGCCCAUGUCCGGUCAGCAGCAGUCAGGCGAUUCCUCUCGAAGUCCUCCAUCCGCCCAAGUCACCGACAACCCCAGAGUUCGUCGCCGUACAGGAGCGAACAUGCCGCUCGAACUUCAAAUGCGUCUGCCCCCGACGCCGCUGGCCACGUCUUCGCCGGCGGCGGCGCUCAGCGACAUGUUCGACGUCCGCUUCCCGGCCCAGACGCACGACACCACGAGCAUUUACAUGGCCGCACAGCGACAACUCCGGAUGCACAAGGAGCAAGUUCAGAGACGGUCGUCCACAAACGUUCCCCCAUCGAAGAGCUGCCUGUCGAAAUCAGAGCCGUCGUCGCCGACCAAGGUCAAGCGGAAGGUUUCGUUCGCCGACGACAAGGGCUUAUCGCUCACGGAAGUGCGGGUGAUGCAAAACGAGAUUAACGAGCUUCCCCGCUGGACGCAGGCUUUCAUCUGCCAGAAUUUCCCCGCACGAGUAGAGAGCAACGUCGUGCAGACCUGGGACCCGCUAUUCCCGCAGCCGGCUUCGGACUAUUUGGCGUUCCGUAAGCGCAUCGACGAUCAGCUGGUGGCCCUCGAGAACGUGAUCGUCAGGAAGGAUGACGACCUGUUGACAGGAACAAUCAAAGUGAAAAACAUCACGUUUGAGAAGCAUGUGUUCGUGAGAGCCACGUUCGACUCGUGGGCAAGCUACUGUGACUAUCCGGCGAUGUUUGUCUCGCAAGGUGCUUCCGCUCUGCCCGCCAUGUUCGACACCUUCUCUUUCAGUAUAAAGGUUCCGGCGUCCGCUCAGCGUUACGGCCUCAUCGAAAUCUGCAUAGCGUAUAAAACCCCGAAGGGCGAAUAUUGGGACAACAACAACGGCAAAAACUACAAGCUCGCAUCGAUUUCAAGACGGACAUCGGACGUGACGACGACGCACGUCAUGCCGGCCCCGCCGUUCAUUCAGCCGAAAUUCGCCUCAGCUUUCUCCAACUCGACCACUCGAGACUGGUCUGAUUUCAGCAGUUGGAACCAGAUCUUGUCUCAAGGGCCGUAUUGGUAGAUCCAGGCACGCGAUCCGCGAAAAGUGAUGAGCCCCCCUUCUGUGUGACGCGAGAGAGA